GCUUCUAUUAAAAAAAUGAAUUUGUUCUAGGCAACCUGUGGAACAGGAGUUCGAACAAAAAUACCGACAUCGGGUUCACCGUUCAUUUUUCUUUUUUGUGAAGCACAUCUCUAAGCCUAUAACUUUCUUACUAUAUAAGCUAGCAGGGUCAAUCAAAAGCCAUUUUGUAGAGCGUGUUUUGCUGCAUCUUUUCUUUAUAGAGACAAAUGUUCAACCACGUGUUAUGCUAAAGAAAAAUUUAAUAUUCAAAUCGAGUCAGGACUUCUGGGCCACCCUUUAUAUAUAAGUGUGUUGAAAUCUACUGUAGAUAUACUAAAUAUGUACAACAGGCUUAUUUAUCACCUAAAUCAAUGGUUUGAACAAUAAUAAUAUUAAAUUGAGAAAAACGGAAUACGGAGAUGUCCACUUUUAAGCUCUAGCAGAACUGCGCUGAUUAACUUUUUAACAAAACUCUUUAUUCUAUAUUUACUAAGAAAGAUCAAUCAAAAGAAAAUUUUGUUAAACUUGACUUUUUUUUUCAGGAACUUCUAGUUUAUCACAUAUUAAUUAAUAAAGAUUAUUUUAAUCAAAUUGAAAAACAAUUAUCAAAUUCUGAUUCUCAAGUUUCAUCUAUACCUCCUGGUAUUCAAUUAUAUCGACCAUCAUCAUCAACAGUAAUAACUAUUUCUGAACCAUAA